GCCGGUGGCUCCUCCUGAACAGCGAUCUCCCAUUUCCAUGGAGUCAGCCCUCACGCCUACCACAUUCCCAUCUGUAAACUCCCUCCAUUUAGGCCGAAAUGGUGGUUCCCUGCCACCAUUUAGGCCGAAAAGAACGCUGACCCGGGGGUAGCUCGACUCUUCUCCGCACCUCGCCAUUUGGCUUCUCCCCUGGACCCUCCCUCUCGGCGUGUCUCCGCCCUCUUCCCCGCCUCUAUCCUGCUCCUUCGCUUCAUGCGGGUCUGCAGCAAGGCAUUGUGGGAAUCUCCCAGGGCAUUCUCCUCCCUCCACUUCUUCAUCCGUUCCUCCUCUCUGCGGAACAUCCAGCUUCCAAGGUGUGACAUCAGCAAACAGAAGCCUAAGGUGGGAGUAAAGGUAGGUCACUUAUACCAUGAGUCUACUGCUGCUCUGUGAUGGAACUAGCUGGCUGAUGGGCUCCUAUUCAUUUCCCAUGUAACCUAAACCAAUUGUGGGCUACACACUUCUUUCCUGGAAACCCAGAGAUCUGCAGACAUGGCUUUCAAUUUUCCAAAAUAAGGUUUCAUCAAAGGGUUUCAUCGUCAAAGCCUAUGAUCAAGGACCUCUAAAACUGAAGUUGCAAAUUUCAGAACACCUACCAAUGAGUACAUAGGAAACCAAGUUCUCUAACAUGAUCAAGUGGAAUACUGUCUGAGCAGGGGCCCCUCCUAGAAGACAGAGUUAAAGCCGCACAAGGCCAAGCAGUUUUGAGGUGGAUCCUUUUUGCUUUUGUGUUUGGCUUGAGGGCCGAGUGAAGGGAACCGUGUGAACACAGCCUUUUUUGCAUACACCACCCCUUUAAUUUGGUCUGAGAGUGGGAGCAGUUGGCCUCUGCUGCACUGGUGAGCAGGAUGGAGUCCAAAGGAAGCAUCCGCAGUGGAAACAAGCCUGAUCCCAAGACCACCAGCUCGGGAAAGCCUGAGAAGCCUAACCCUGGGCCUGCCACAGUCGCCGAUAAGAAAGAAGCUCCUUCUAAGGAGCAGCCGGCUCCUGCUGCCAGCACCCCAGCAAAAAAGGCGGCGGCGGCGGCUGCCAAUGAGGCGGCCAUGCUGAACAACCAUGGCAAUAUGAAGCCUAGCUCUACCACAGCAACAACAGAGAGCCCUGAAGCCGCAAAUCAUCCUGCUGACUCUGAGCACGAAGGGAACAAUGCAGAGGAAUCCCCGGGAAGUAGCAUUUUUGAGAACAUGAAGCCUCUGAUCCUUGUUGGAGGGGCGGUGGUGGCUGCUGUAGCUCUGAUUGUGGGAGUGGCUAUCCUUGCCCGAAAAAAAUAAAUGAGUGCCUAAGAAGCACAGGGGAGAGAAAUCACCCUGGGCUGAAUGUACAGUUCCUUUUGAAACAAAUGCAUGUGGUAAACUCUAUACAUACUUAUAAAUAUACCGUAUAUCUAGAGAGAGCUAAGUAGGUAUAAACUGCGAUGCUGGCCACCGUCUUGUUCAAUGCACCGGCAUUGACCUAGUGUGGGCACUUGGUGCACUUGUACUCUUUUGUGUAAUAUAACUCUGCUUGCACCACUGUGUAAAGAUGGCUUUUUUUUCCUGGUCCAUAUAAGCGAUUGCUGUGUUUCUUCCCAUAGCCUCUCUUCCCACUUUUCAUUCAGAUAAUUGGCUCCAGUAUCACAUUCAGAGUCUCUUGCUUUGUUACCUUGGGUUGUGGUAGAGCAGACAGAAAGGGAAAGUUUCCCAUCGACAGGGUCACCUGUUACCAUCUCUAUUACAGCACACUCAGACUCUCCGGGUGCACUCAGGCAAUGCAGCUUCUUUGCUCAUCCAAGGAGAGCACUCUUUGUCAGAGCAUUAAAGUGCGCACUCUGUCCCCUCAUCUAAGUUUUAAAGUAGCAUUUGGAGCAGGGGUGGCUUUCAAACUUCAAGAAGCAAACAUGACCUGUUGAGAUCUGUGGGGUAGCCUGUCACCCAUAAGACAACAUAUUGUGCUUGCUAUUCCAUCAUGCACUAUGGGGCAAGGUGACUAAUAGCAGCCUAGCCGCUGAUUUGAGUGGGCGUUGUAACUUAGUAGAGCAUUCUCUAUUGAAGCACCUGGUCCUGCACUGGCAAUCUGCCUUUGUAAAAUUUAGAUGCCCUUGAGAAAGCCCCCUCCACCUGCCCAGCUCUAGAUAUUUAAAACAACAUGAUUCACAACAUAUGAAAAUCAAUUAGCUCUUCUGUGCAUAUGGAUUUUGGAUGAAUGCUAGUGCUUCUCUGUAGAAGGUUGACCUGUUCUUGUGUGAAGAGGGAAGUAAGAAGCAGUUAUAGGAAUAACUGCUCAUGGGUUUGUUAGUUUGUCUGAUCUUUUGGUAUGGAGCUCUUUGGUUUUCUCCUUUCCCCCCAGCUUGUGACCAAUCAACAUCUGGAUUACAGGUUAUGAGGGAUUUAUGUACGAAGCAUACUGCCCCUGUGCAAGGAUUUGAACUGGAUGGGUGAUCUUCAGCUCUCUGAUCGUGUACAACUCAGUUGCUGGAGGAUCCGAAAGAAUAGCAUAAUCCCAUUUAUUUCAUUGGAAAUUCUACAGAGAAAUAAUGGAAACCAAUUCAUUGGGAUAUAUUUUCCCUCCCUUUAUAAAUUAGAACUGAUGGGUGUUUGAGAGGAGAGAGAGAGAGAGCCUUGCUACAUUGGUGGCCUUCCUGAAAUACUAAAACCAAACUUUGAGAGGAGAAAGGAGCAAUGGGAGGUACACUGAAGUAUCUUUGUUUAAUAUAUCUACCAAAGAUCUCCCCUGACCAUAAGACAUUGGAACAUAAAUUGUAACAUAGGAAUGACCAAAUAACCAUUCCAUACAAGAAGCUUACAUUAGGACGUAUAUUCUUGCUUGGGUUGCACCAGUGUGGAAGUGGUCAUUACCAUCAAAUGAUCCUUUUUAAAAAAAAGAAGCUAAUUAGAUUGAACUAAUUGUUGUAAAGCUUUUUAUCUGUUGUUAGGUUGGGAUAUAUAUGAGCAACCAAGUUUUUAUCCCAGUGCGGACUUGCUCAGAAAUGAAUGUGGGUACUAGAUUCCUUUUGCAUUUUUAGUCUCUCUUCAAUUCUAGACCUGUACCUUGAUCGUGAAAUAGGAUGAGAUGGUGACACUGGCAGAACUACAGUUCAUAAUCUUGAAGAACAACUUUCUCUCUUGUAUUUAUGGCUGUGAUGUGAUAGGUUAGAUCUAUAAGGGAAUCAUUCACCAACAGAUGUUGCUUAGUACUGUGGUGUCCCACUGUCUUGAAUAAUUCUCCAGAACCCACCUCCAGUCUGAAAACACCUGUAUUUUUGUGUGUAUGUAUGUAUACAAGCUUUCCUAUCCCUUAAUUGAGAAUAUCUGUGUAUAUAUAUUACAGUUUACUAAAAUAUUUGUAAAGCUACAAAACCUGUAUCUUUGUACAAAAGGCAACCAUUAUUUGCAUACCUGCAUUCACACAAAGUGUCCAUGUUCUGUGCCACUUGCAUUCUAUCAUGCAGCACCCAAAGCCAUGGUUUCCUCCCAAUAAAAUAUUGUAUGGUUAGCCAGCUGAUGAAUGCAAUCACUCUUGUGCUAGGAGCCAAAAACUACUUCUUCUAAACAGGCCCUUUUAGUCAGUAUAAUCCUCUGACGCAGACAACAAAAAAUAGCACUGCGCAUGUUUUGUGUUUGGCAGCAUGUGCUAGCUCAUUCCUUCCUGAAGUUUGCAUGUAGACCAGAUGGUGUUGGUGUGUCAUUCUGACCCCUGCCCAUCAUUGACUCUUGGACAAACAGAAGGUUGCUCACAUUGCUGCUCCUUGCCGGGUGGCUUCUCCUUUCCAGCUGCUCCUGCAUUGGUGGUCUUGGCUAUAUUGAAGUAGGACGUGGGCUGAUUUGCUUCAUGAGUUUCCUAAAUAGCCCACCCACAUCUUCAGUUGAUUGCACUGCAACAAGGCACUUUGUUGUGACAAUGUAACCCGAACUGGGAGAUCAUGCGUUUGGGGAGAGAGAGGAAUUUACAUGUGUCCCCAAACUUACUAAACUUGUGCUUUAUGAAAGUGCAAACCUUGCAGUGAAUAACAUGGCUAUAUUGGUAAGCCAUGCAAGCUUCUAAAUGCACAUUCCUGACCAUGUGCGGACUCUGUCUGCUUAAAGAAGCUGAGCAAAUUGGACUGUGCUGCAUCCUGAUUUGCACAGCCCUUUAAUUAUACAAAGUCUGUCACAUCUCAUUGGUGGCUUUUGGUUGCUGCUUAGUUGUGCAUUGAACAGAGCUAUUAAUAGCCAUCAGUGUCACCUGGUCCCUAAUACUGGCUAUGCUAUGAAUUAUAGAUGAUCUGGUACAUGGGUUUCUCUAGGUCUAUGAGGCUGAAAUCAAUCUAGUAUUUUAGCUACUGUCAUGUCUGGCAACAAAGAGAACCCUUCUGACCUUUAGAACUGGGGGCUGCUGAGUGCUUCAGGCUUGAGUAGAAUCAGGAUUACAUCUAUUCACUCUUUCUUCAGCUCUUUCAACUAUUUUUGCCCAAAUAGCUAGUGGCAAAAAGUGUGUUUCUCUCAACUGUGCAGAAGGGCUAGACUAUUGUUAUACAGCUUAUCAACUAAUUUUUCUUUCAUUUACUAUUGACUUUUAUAUCUUGCCCUCCUUCCCAGCUCUCAUGGAUAUUGCCCCCUUUUAUCCUUGCAACAAACCUAUGAGAUAGGUUAGGUUGAGAGGUAAUGAUUGGACCAAAGUCACCCAAUGGGCUCCAUAGCGGAGCAGGGCUUAGAACAGGGCAAAGGAACCCAACGUUGUUGGACUGCCAGAUGUUGCUGGAGUACAGCUCCCAUCAUCCCUGGCCAUUUUCCAUGCUGGCUGGUGCUGAUGGAAACUGGAGUCCAACAACACCCAGAGGACCACAGGUUCCUUAACUCUGGUUUAGAACCUGGGUCUCCCAAGUGCAAGCAUGAAACUCUAUAACGCAUCUGCUAUCUUACAGGGCAAUCCUACACGUCUAUUCAGAAAUAGGCCCCACUGAGUUCAGUGGGACUUACUGCUGGGUAAGUAUAGGAUUGCAGCCUUAUUUAGUUUGUGGCAAUAGGUCCACCAGUACAAAGGUCUGAUCCUGUCAGAUUGAUGUAAGCUUUCAGGUACAUGUAGUGCAAGCACUGCUCUCAGGAUGGCUGCCUAGAGAGGAAUUAGUGGCAGGUAACUCCCUCAUGCAGAGCAGUACACAUAGGAGGUGAACUGAAGAAUGUGAAGGAUGGCUGGAUUGUGCACUAGGUUUCUGUAAUAAUUGCAGGAACCUACUUAUUUGAAAUGCUUGUUGUAUGUGCCAGAAUAGCAAUUUAACCUCAUAGAAUUUGUGGGGGGUUGGACUGGGCAUCAAAUUUAACUAAUAUUGAGUAGGGCAUGCUAACUUAUUUGGAACCUGCUGCUGGUAGCUGUAGGUAUCUAUCGUUAUUUUGUGCAUUAUCAGGAUGUGCCAAAAGCCAAAGUAUGAGUGUGUCACACUUCCUGUGAAUAUGUAAUGGUUUGCUGCAGGGAUGUGCCACCUGUUCCCAUGGCUUGAGCUCAGGUAUUUACCCAUAGGGGAGACACGAAAGUUUGUACCCAUUAACUUGGAAGUGCAAUUCAUUCACAGUUCACUUUUUUGAUGCUUUCGGGAUAAAGCAGGCCCUGGAUACAAAAAGGGUUGUCUGACUUCACUGAAAUCCAAGGGGAUUGUGAACUUUGGUUACCUUGCAAUAUUGGGAAUCUUGGUUUGCUCCAUUCAUUCUGUUCCCCGUGUUUACUAGGAAUGGGUGUUUGCUAAUAGAACUGUGCAUUAUUAUGCUAGACAUACAAUUCUAUGGAUUGAAGUAUACAGCUGCAGGUCAGAACUAAGGUAUCCAGGCAAAGCUAUGUGAAGGAAGCCAGUUUAGUUCUUGCGUGUGCUCUCCUAUGAGAGUAAAAUACUCCACUCAUAUUAGUCACUACGUGUUGUGAACAUGAAACCAGAGAAAAUGGAAUAUAUCUCUUUUGGGCAAAAGAGUAACAGGCCUACUUCUGGUCUCUCACAAGAUUAUACUCUGAUACUGGUGUUUAAUUAAUCCAGAAAAACUACAGUCCUCUGAUUUCGUACUCGGAAACAGUAAUGCAUAUUAGAGCCUUCAUUUCACUCAUAGGCAUGCAUUACACGGGUGGCUAAGAUCUACCCUGAGUACAUCAAGGUGACUAAGAGUAAUUGGGGAUCUGCUGCUCUGAACAUGUAGAGAUGACUUGCAUACACAUGAAAGCAGCUAGCACAGACCUAACAUUGCUGUUAUUUGCUAUGGGGGAAAUUCACUAAUUGUACUUGUUAACUGUGUAGAGUUUGUCUCCCAACUUUUGUUGUUUCUUUACCUAAAGCAGUGCCCCAGGCCAUCCAGAAUUUGGAAGCAGAAAACGGGCAGUCAGUGUGUGAAGGCAGGAGGGGAGGGGCAGAAUUUGGAAGUAAAAAACUGGCAGGCAAGGGUUGAGAUACUUCUGGGAGACUGUGACCUGGGUGGCUGUUUUUAGGUGCAAGGGAAAUAGAAAGGGAAGCAUCAAGGUAAAACCUACAUGUGAUGUCAUGUAUAGCUUAAGCUUGAAAGAACAGCUUUCACAAAUGUGAUAAGUGUUGAAAGCAGGCAAAUGGGAUGCCUAGAGUUACUUCUACCACCAACCCGAAGUCUUUCCUCCAUCUGUCUUUUCAUUCCUUUGCUAUCUUCCCUGCCCCACAUUCAUCCAUUCCAUGGAAGUUCUGCCAUCAUCUUGCCACAUGGACUUUAGGUGGGAAGCGAUUCUUCUUACUCUAUUUGCUUGUUUCUUCCUGAACCCUCUGCUAAGGCACAUAAAUGGUCCCUGCUUCGGCUUCUCCACAUAAUUGAACUUCCCAUUCUAUGCUGCAUAGUCAUCAUCUUUAGUUUGACUCUUAAGGUCAUCAUGAAUGUGAGGUUGAAUUCUAUUCCUAAUGUGAAUGUAAAACCUGCAUUGGCUGCUAUAUACAUUUUGAUUUUUCUUCCAAAUUCUCUCCUGUAGUAAUAGCAUUCACAUGUAACCCAAAAAGAAUGAGAGAUGCCCAAAUUGUCUUGAAUAUGAAAAAUAGCUCUGCUAUAGCUUUCCAUUAUAGCCCCAAGAACUGAGGCAAUGCCUUGAUCUGAACCCAAAUGUUGACACUAGAAAUUACAGUUCCAACAUUAUGGAUGGUUAUGCAGGAUUUAUGGGCAACACUUGUAACAAUGCCUAGUUGUGAAAAAUCCAUUUAAAUUUUCUUUCAAUGUAAUCCAGUUUUAUCAUUUGCCAGUUUUUCUACCACUAGCUUCAUCUAGUCUCCUAAACUACCAAGAGAGCAAGGAGAAUACUAUUGCCUCAGAAUCCCUUUUGUGUUAAGUCUAUGUGUUUUCAUAAAUAUACUUCUGGUAACCUCCCAGCCCUCUUUUAAUCAUUAUGCGUUUUCCUAAACCAAAGGUUAGGGGAAAGCAUGGAAUAAUACUUGCAAAUGGGAAAUGCCGAUUUAUUCAGUCUGAACAUUCACUAUCUGCUUUAGAGAACCACUUGAACAAAACAAAAGUAUACCAGAUGAACUUCAUAGCAAAAAGUCAUUACAAAAACAAAGUGUUUCUGAAGGGUCUCCCCAUUAACUAAUGGGCCCCCCAAAUAAUUUCUGUUUCUUAAGUUCCGCUCCCCCACCCCAAUGAACAGAUUCACUUAUCACUUAACAUAUAUUAGCCUGUGUGUUUAACAUGCAGCUUUAGGGGUUUUUUUGAGCCAGCUGUUGGUGACUACAUUUCCCAAAGGGAAACGGAAACCUACCGACACACCAAGCUAGAAAACUAAUUUGUACCUUUUUGAAUUUAUAAUCUUGCCUAUGCUUGUAUGGACACUUUGUAUGGGCUGCAGCUCAACUCCUUAAAAACAGCAAAGAAUUUUUUCCUUUCCCAUAUAGUAUUCUCUUUUAUUUGAAUUUUAAAAUGCGUAUAAAUGCAAUAAUGCAGGUAGACUAGAAAUACUAGAUUGAAAAUUAAAGUAGUUUAGCUUGUCCCAUUGUGACCUACAGUGUUGUAUGACACCCAACGCUGUAUCCUAGCAUUCUUGAGGCUUUCCUACGUAGCUGAAUCUAGUAUUAGCUUUGAAAAUCCAUUGUGUGAAUGGCGGGUGGGUUGAUUGGAAAAGUGUACGCUUUACACAACGUAUGUUACUUGCAUCAGAAGCUAUAUGGCCACUCCAUGUACUAUGGAAAUGUAAAUGAUUCCCAAUAUACCUGUAACUCUUAUCAGGAUUGUGUGAAAUAAACUAUAUAUAUAUAUAAAA